AUGAAUAUCUUCAAAAAAUCACGCUCUAGGUCACCUUCUUUUGAAAUUCCCAAAUUAUGUUUUCCAUUACAAAAGCAAAAGAGAUCCACUUCUGUGGAUUGCCCUAGUCCAGAACCUACUCAACUGCAAGUUCCGUUUGAAAAUCGUGGAAGGUCUUCCAGUUUUGAUUCAAGCAGCUUGCAGCAAAGUGGAUUCAAUCUAUUACAAGUUCCAUUUGGAGAUUCUAGAUCCAAUUCUUUAGAUAAUUCUCCAACUUGGAGUGCUUCUUCUGAUGAAAAUGUGUCCGAAGAGAAAUAUAACAAAAAUUUAAAGUUACCAAAAUAUCAGAAAAGGAGGUCAUCUUUGGAUAUUCCAAGAAUAUGUAUGCAUUGUCUUCAUAUGGAGACAUUGGCUCAGGAGAAGCGAGCACAUGAUUUAACAAGUGCACAAUCGGAGCCUCAUAAUUUACAGUUUGGAAGGUCAAGAAGUUUUAGUGAUUGUUCUUCAACAGAUUUGUCUGAUCUUGACGAUACUCUAUCCAGUGAGGGAGAAAGUGACGAUAAAAAUGAUCAGGAGAAUAUGAUAGUGAUUAGAUCUGCCUCGGCCAGUCCUGUACCAACACAAACAAAAACAGAUCAGUUAGAUUAUAAGAAUGUUGUGACUUUACAUGUCCCUGUGGUGAAACAACGGUCAUCUUCUAUGGACGCAGCAUACAUGGCUGUGCCUAAACUAAGUCCGAAACCUUUAAGGAAAGGAUCAUUUGAUGAUCGGAGAUCGGAUGAGCAUAAACAAAUACGAUCUAGUUCUGUGGAUGUAGCUUUCCCUACUGAAGAGGAUGCUUCAUUUAAAGCUAUAACACACACUGGUGGCAAAGGACAGAAACAUAUGAUACAGAUUGGUGUUAUAUGA